GUAAAGCAGCCAUUAACGGCGAACAGAGGUUUUGUCUCCGGUGAACCAGUGAAGCUUCAAGCUCCGACACGAACCAGCCAGCGAGCUCGAAGCUCGCGCAACCGAUAACAACCAAAUUUCACCAGUGAACCAGCGACACCAACUCCGGCAAAACAGUUUUCAGCUGAAAAAAGUGAGCUUGACAAUGGAAGAAGAUAAGGGGUUGAAGAAAGAGAAGAAAAACAUCCCUGUAUUGCCAUGGAUGAGAGACCCAGUUGAUAUUACUACCUUUGAUCAAUGUUCUCUAGAUCUUUUGCCUUUUAUUGAUCCCAGGUUAGUGGCGGCUUUGAAGAAUAUGAGCAUCACUUCACUCUUUCCCGUGCAACUUGCUGUCUGGCAAGAGACGAUUGGACCUGGCUCUUUUGAACGAGACCUUUGUAUAAAUUCACCUACAGGGAGCGGGAAAACUCUUGCUUAUGCCUUACCAAUUGUUCAGAUGCUGUCUACACGUGCUGUUAAAUGUCUUCGUGCACUUGUGGUCUUGCCUACUAGAGACCUUGCAUUGCAGGUCAAAGAGGUCUUCUCUGCUCUUGCACCUGCAGUAGGCCUGUCUGUCGGCUUGGCAGUAGGUCAGUCAUCAAUUUCAGAUGAAAUCUCCGAGCUCAUCAAGAAACCCAAUGUUGAGUAUGGCAUAUGUUAUGAUCCUGAAGAAUUCUCAUACGAGUUACAAAGUGCAGUAGACAUAUUAGUGGCAACUCCUGGAAGACUGAUGGACCACAUCAAUAACACUGAUGGUUUUACGCUUGAGCAUCUAUCUUAUCUUGUUGUUGAUGAAACUGAUAGGUUAUUAAGGGAAGCUUAUCAGUCCUGGCUUCCUACCGUCAUUCAGUUGACCAGCUCUUCUGUUGAUGGGAACUUCCCUUCUGCUGCUGAUCUUCUUCCUUGCACUUAUGGUUCAUUGAAGACAAUCAGAAGAAUGGGCACUGAAAGAGGGUUCAAGGGAAAAGCCUAUCCAAGGCUGGCAAAGAUGGUUUUAUCAGCCACACUAACACAAGACCCAAGUAAACUUGCUCAGCUUGAUUUGCAUCAUCCUCUUCUUUUGACGACUGGAGAAAGACGUUACAAGCUUCCUGAAGAACUCAAAUCAUUUAAAGUGCUAUGUCAAUCAAAGCUUAAGCCACUUUAUCUAGUUUCCCUUCUUCAAAGUCUGCAAGGGGAGAAAUCAAUUGUUUUCACAUCAUCUGUGGAGUCCACUCAUAGAUUAUGCACCUUGCUCAAGUUUUUCGACAAUUUGCAAAUUGAGUUCAAGGAGUAUUCUCGUCUUCAACGGCAAUCUGUAAGAAGCAAGACGUUGAGGGCUUUCCGGUCAGGGCAAGUGCAAGUGCUUAUUUCCUCUGAUGCUAUGACUCGUGGAAUGGAUGUUGAAGGAGUGAGAAAUGUCAUAAACUAUGAUAUGCCUGCAUAUAUAAAAACAUUUAUUCAUCGGGCAGGCAGAACUGCAAGAGCGGGCCUAAGUGGAUGUUGCUUUACGUUAAUGCAUAAAGAUGAGGUCAAGCGCUUCAAGAAGAUGCUACAAAAAGCUGACUGUAACUCUUGCCCUACCUAUUCUGCUUCUUCUGAAGUGAUAGAGUCACUUCGCUCUGUGUACACCUCAGCUUUGGAGAAACUUAGAGAGAAUGUUGAAUCAGAAAAGUUUAAGAAAAGCAAGAUUAGGUUGAAAUCUUCAAAUGUGAGAAAGGAGAAGUGAAAAGCUGUCCAUGGUGAUAACUUCCAUUUUCCUAGACAGUGUAGUACUCUGUUGCCAACCAGUUUAUGAUUAUAUCAUGAUCUGGAUGAAUCGUGCAGUCGGUGGAGGGUCAAAAAGACUAAUCCUGUUUGCGGGAUUGUGAAAGCUGGACUUUCCAUGAAGGUUCAUUGCCAAAAUUUGAGUCUCUUACGCUAUAACGAGAGAAAAAAAAAUCAUGUAUAUAAGCAUCCAGGGACGUCGAUGGAGACGCCUUUUAUUUGGAUGGUAUGAAAAUAUUGAAUGGCUGGGAUUCUUCAUUGCUGGUGAAAAUUGAAAAAACUGGAGAUUCUCAUCUUGAACUAUGAUUAUAAUGGCAGUCGUUAACUUAAAAAAUGACAAUACACCAGUUUUUGUUAUUUGCUGGAGAUCUUUCAUACUUCAAUUUUAUUUAUUUAUGUUGUAUAUGGGUGAUUCCUCGGGAAACAGCCUCUACCUCCAUGAGGUAGGAGCAAGGUCUACGUACACUUUACCUUCUCGAGACUACACUUAUGGGAUUUCACUUGCUAUUUUGUAAUGUUUAGAUAUAGAGCCCUCUUAUCGAAUUUCACUGGGUAUAUUGUAAUGUUCAAAUAUUUGCAUUUUAUCUAUUAUUAGAGUUGAUGGUC